AUGGUUCCGUCACCUAUGAGCCAAACUCUCAAGCGGCUUCUGCUGUCGAUGAUGCUGUUUUUGGAGCUUGCCGACACAGCCAUCGCCACUUUCCGACCCAUCCUCUAUCCACCAGCUUUUGCCAUUCGGCUCCCAAAAGGCUGCAAUUUCCCAACAUACACAGUGUUGAUUGGAGCGGAAAUCUUCUUCCUAAGCUGGUGCGGUGUGCACUUCACCUACUUCAGCAGCGGGUUGCUCAAGCGCCGUCUGCUCGAUAUUGAGCAGCACUACUUUUACCGUUUUAUAGAGAUUUAUGGCUACGUUAUGUAUCCAACACUGGGCAUAACGUUCAGCUGUUUGAUAUGGGUGCCGUAUUUUCAAGGGACGCUGAAGAGAUAUGAUGGUUUGGAGCUUUGCUUUCAUGAGCCGGAUUAUUGCGGACGGGAUCCAAUGAUCAUUGCCAAAGAUGCGACUCAACUAAAUUUCAUGUUUCGGAUUGCAUUUUGGGUCGCGUCAGUUGGAAUGGCCCUCUAUCUGACUAUUGUCGUCACGGCGAUCGCAGAACUAUUUUCAAAGGACCUCAAGUUGAGCCCCGGCGCCUACGAAAUGCAAAAGUACUUUACAAAAAUUUUCCUGCUUCAGAACGUAUGCGCGGUUGGUUGCGUAACGGUGCCUGGAGUUUGUCUAUUCCUCGGGCUUAUGGGAAUUGACAAUCCGUUCAUAUUAACGAUUGGCCAGAUUACAUUUUUACUCGUCGAAGCACACUCGUUGUGUAAUGCUUUGGUAUUUAUUUUUGCCACGAAGGCUUACCGGGAGCGGCUGUGGCGAUGGGCAACUUUUGGCAGAGCAGAAGUGAACGGUGCCAAGAUACAUGUUUUUUUUGCUGAACUCAUGGAUACGAUGGUGACAAUAUUUCGACCAAUAAUUUACCUUCCUGCUUUUGUCAUCAAACUCCCAAAUGACUCCAAUUUUCCGACGCUUUCUGUAGUUCUUGGAGCGCAAGUAUAUUUCCUUUGCUUUUCCGGCGUAUUUUUCACCUAUUUCCAAAGCGGGAUUCUGAAGCGCCGCCUGCUCGACAUCGACCAACACUAUUACUAUCGAUUUAUGGAAAUCUACGCUUAUAUUAUGUUUACUUCUCUAGGGAUCACACUGAGCUGCUUCAUUUGGGUGCCUUACUUUGAAGGAACGCUGAAAAAUUAUGACACAGCUGAUGUGUGCAUUUUCGAGUCAUUAUACUGCGGUCGAGGGCCAAUAAUUAUCGCGAGCCGACCUGACGUAUUGAAUGCCAUGUUUCGGGUUGCAUUCUGGAUCUCGGCCGUCGGGAUUGUGCUCUAUUCGACAACCGUAUUCACCGCGGUCAAGGAGUUGUUCUACAGCAACGUUAAAAAGAGCAGUAGAAGUACCUAUGAGAUGCAGAAAUACUUUACAAAGAUAUUUCUAUUACAGGUCAAAGAAAACCUAAAUCCACUAAAAUCCAAA